AAGGGGUCCGGGCUGGACCUUUGGGUCACCCGUUGUGCUGAAGUGAGAAAAGGCAACGCCAAGUUCCCCGGGGAAAAAAUUGUGCAGGCUGUGAUUCUUCUUACCAGGACUGGUCUCACCUGCCGCCAAGAUGCCUUUCGGAAACACCCACAACAAGUACAAGCUCAACUUCAAGCCGGAGGAGGAGUUCCCUGACCUCACCAAACACAACAACCACAUGGCCAAGGUCCUGACCUUGGACAUCUACAAGAAGCUGAGGGACAAGGAGACCCCCAGCGGCUUCACCGUGGAUGACAUCAUCCAGACCGGAGUGGACAACCCAGGUCACCCUUUCAUCAUGACCGUGGGCUGCGUGGCCGGAGACGAGGAGUCCUACGACGUCUUCAAGGAGCUCUUUGACCCCAUCAUCUCAGACCGUCAUGGAGGCUACAAGCCCACCGACAAGCAUAAGACUGACCUCAACCAUGAGAACCUGAAGGGUGGAGACGACUUGGACCCCAACUACGUCUUCAGCAGCCGCGUGCGGACGGGGCGCAGCAUCAAGGGUUAUACCCUGCCCCCCCACUGCAGCCGUGGGGAGCGCCGUGCCGUGGAGACCCUCUCCAUUAAGGCUCUGAACAGCUUGACCGGAGAGUUCAAGGGCAAAUACUAUCCCCUGAAGGACAUGACCGAUGCGGAACAGCAGCAGCUGAUCGACGACCAUUUCCUCUUUGACAAGCCCGUCUCCCCACUCCUGCUCGCCUCCGGCAUGGCCCGCGACUGGCCCGACGCCCGCGGUAUCUGGCACAAUGACAACAAGACCUUCCUGGUCUGGGUGAACGAGGAGGACCAUCUCCGCGUCAUCUCCAUGCAGAAGGGCGGCAACAUGAAGGAGGUCUUCCGGCGCUUCUGCGUCGGCCUCCAAAAGAUUGAGGAGAUCUUCAAGCAGGCCGGCCACCCCUUCAGCUGGAACGAGCACUUGGGCUACGUCCUGACCUGCCCCUCCAACCUGGGCACCGGCCUCCGUGGCGGCGUCCACGUCAAGCUGCCCAACCUCAGCAAACACGCCAAGUUUGAGGAGAUCCUGACACGCCUCCGCCUGCAGAAGCGUGGCACAGGUGGUGUGGACACUGAGGCCGUGGGCGCUGUCUUCGACAUCUCCAACGCUGACCGCUUGGGCUCCUCCGAAGUGGACCAAGUGCAGCUGGUGGUGGACGGGGUCAAGCUGAUGGUGGAGAUGGAGAAGAAGCUGGAGAAAGGCCAAGCCAUCGACGACAUGGUCCCCGCACAGAAGUGAGCCGCCUGGGCAGAGAUGUGCCCGCCCUGCGCUCUGGGGCCCGGACCCCGGGGGCAGCGUGACCCCAAGGCCCCCGGCCGGACGCCCCUUCAGCCAGCCACACAGAGCCAUCGCCACCGCUGACCGAGAGAAUAAAGCCAAGGGCGGGCCCCUCAAGCCUUGCCUUCCCCUCA